UAAUUAUUCCUGUUUUUUGUCCAGUUGUGUCUGUAGAUCAAAUGAAUUCGGUGCUGGUGGGAGAGUUUGUCACUCUACAGACUGGUCUUACCGAUACACAGAAUUAUGAUGUGUUACGGUGGAAGUUUGGACCUCAACAUUCUACUAUAGCUGAAGUCAAUAUAAAGGAUGGAACAGUCUCUACAUUUGAUAAGACAUUCACAGACCGACUACAGCUGGACUAUCGGACUGGAUCUCUGACCAUCACAAACACGAGAACUAAAGACUCUGGACUUUAUGAGAUUAACAUCAUCAAAAGCAGCAGUUACACCAUACAGAAGUCAUACAAUGUGACUAUCAGCGGUGAAGUGAAGUCACUGUCAGUGAAAGAGGGAGACUCUGUUAUGCUACACACAGAUACUGAAAUACAGUAUGAUGAUUCCAUACUUUGGAUGUUUGGAGACAUUGUCAUUGUGUCAGGGUCAAUGUAUAAAGCAAAACGACAUGUCUCCAUAUAUAAUGGUCCAGAUGGGAUAUUCAGAGACAGACUGAAGCUGGACAAUCAAAUUGGAUCUCUGACCAUCACAAACACCACAACUCAACAUGCUGGACACUAUAAACUACAGAUCACCACCAGCAGACACACCGUAAAUAGGAAAUUCCUUGUUAAUGUCGAAGCUUUUACAGAUCUGCCUUCAGGUGGUGAAGCAGGAAUAGGUAUUGGGUUUGUGAUCGGGGCUAUAGUUGUUGCAGCUGUAGCUGGUUGUGUGUAUUUCUGUUACUGCAGGAGUUCUGUACUAAAAAGGCUAUCAUAUGAAGACAAGACACUCCCAGUGAUGAAGGGAGGUUCUGUUAUUCUCGAGACUGAUGCUAAAUUACGCAGAGAUGUUCUGAUGCUGUGGGUGCGGGAAGCCACUGUCAUAGCUGAAAUCAAUGGAGGGACCAGAAAGGUCUCCAUAUAUGAUGAUGUUCUUAAUAAGAAAUUGAGAGGCAGACUAAAGCUGGACAGUCAAACAGGAUCUCUGACCAUCAGGGACUUUACAACGGAACAUGCUGGACUCUAUACAUUAAAGAUGAUGAGAGGACAAAGUGUUUCAUUCAAGUCAUUUACUGUUAAUUUGUGCGAUACAAUGGAGUCCGUGUCAGUGAUGAAGGGAGAUUCUUUCACUCUACGAUCGGGUCUUACUGCAAUACAGGAAGAUGAUGUGAUACAGUGUUUGUAUGGAGACAAGGGCAAUCCCAUAGCUCGAAUCAAUGGAUGGGCCAGAGAAAGCCCUACAUAUUAUAAUGAGGACAGAUUCACAGGCAGACUGGACAUGACUUCUGAAACUGCAUCUCUGACCAUCACAGACAGCGAAACCACAGACUCUGGAGUUUAUGAACUACAUAUUUUCACACCCGAAAAAAAAAUAGCAAGGUCCUUCAGUGUUACUGUCUCUGACCCUACUACAGAUGCGUCUUUAUUGAUUUGAGACGAUUCCAACAACUUCAGUAUGCAGUUGUACAGUACGACUGUAACAUCAUUCAAAAUAAAUCUAAAUCAUAUUUCUCCUCUGAAAUCCCCAGUAUGAAGAUGCUCCAGGUGUGUUUGAAAUGAACCCAUGUGCUGUUGAGCAGUUAAAUAAUAGUAAAACAGAAUAAAUGUAGAAACAUUUCAUUUAUUAUUAAGUUGAAGGACGUACACAUAGAUCUUUAUAAUAAUUCUCGUCUUUAUUUGAUCCUUUAAUGUUAAACAUCUAUACAUCACUUUUCAUACCUCUUACUCUAUUCAUAUAAUGCUAAUUGUAUGAACCACUUGCUGUUUCUGCAGGUAUUAAUUGAAAUAUCUCAUGAGAAAUAUCAUGUAUAAGAAAAUGUAUUAUACCAGUAUUCUGACUGGCAUACAUUCCCCCAACCCCCCAAUUUAGUAUUAUAUUGCUUUUCUGAUUGCUUAUAUUGUAAUCCGUAUAUCGUUUUAAUCAUAUACUGCAUAAUUGCAUUUAUAUUCUAUUCAUCUAUAUUUUGUAUUGUCAGAAGUGAAUUUGCCCAUCUGUCUCUGAUCAGAUGUGAAUGUUAAAUAGUAAAAUCUGAUAAUUGAUCAUUUAGCUCUAUUUUAUACCUUAUUGAUUUCUGAUUGUUGUUGUUUUUUUAAGAAUAGAAGCUUUGGUUUGAAUUUU